CUUGCUUUCACAAGAGAUGGACUCUGUGGCCUCUGGAAUGAAAUGGUCAAAGAUGGAGAAAUUGUAUACCCUGGGACAGAACUAACACAGAAUGGAGAACUACCUCCUCGCAAAGAUGAUACCAUGGAAUGCCAAAGUGGAACGAAGAAAGAAGAUCAAAAUGACAAAGAGAAGAAAGAUGAAGAGGAAACUCAAAUGCCUAUGUAUAAGGCCAAAUCGAUUUUGGAGAGUUGGGUGUGGGGCAGACAACCAGAUGUGAAUGAGUUGAAAGAGUGCCUUUAUGUGUUAGUGAAAGAACAACAAACUCUUGCUACACAGACGGCUACAACAACUCUUUCAGCAGUGAGACUAAAGCAGAGGCUGGUUAUACUGGAACGAUAUUUCAUUGCACUGAAUAGAACUGUUCUUCAGGAAAAUGUCAAAGUUAAAUGGAAAAGCAACAGUGUUCCUUUACCUACUGUGGACAAAAAAAGUUCUAGACCUAUAGGAAAAGGUGUAGAAGGACUUGCAAGAGUUGGAUCCAGAGCAGCCCUUUCAUUUGCCUUUGCAUUCUUACGAAGAGCUUGGCGGUCAGGAGAGGAUGCCGACCUAUGCAGUGAAUUGUUACAGGAGUCUCUUGAUGCCUUGAGGGCCCUACCAGAAGCAUCUCUUUUUGAUGAAAGCACGGUGUCAUCUGUUUGGUUGGAAGUUGUAGAGAGAGCAACUAAAUUCCUAAGGUCUGUUGUGACUGGUGAUGUUCAUGGAACUCCAAGUACCAAAGGGCCAGGAAACAUUCCAUUACAAGACCAGCACUUAGCACUUGCCAUAUUGUUAGAGCUGGCUGUGCAGAGAGGCACUCUAAGCCAAAUGUUAUCUGCCAUUAUGUUAUUACUUCAGUUGUGGGACAGUGGGACGAGGGAAACGGAUAAUGAACGAUCUGCCCAAGGAACUAGUGCACCGCUUCUCCCUUUAUUACAAAGAUUUCAGAGUAUAAUCUGUAAUAAAGAUAUGCCUAAUACUGAAGAUGAGAUUCAGAUGCUGUCUGGUCCUCUGAGUCCCAAUGAAAGUUUUCUGAGGUACCUUACUUUACCACAAGACAAUGAAUUAGCUAUUGAUUUGCGUCAAACUGCAGUAGUGAUUAUGGCACAUUUAGAUCGUCUGGCUACUCCCUGCAUGCCUCCUCAGUGUAGCUCUCCUACAUCUCAUAAGGGAUCUUUACAAGAAGUCAUAGGUUGGGGCUUAAUAGGAUGGAAAUACUAUGCUAAUGUGAUCGGCCCAAUUCAAUGUGAGGGACUUGCAAAUCUUGGGGUCACACAGAUUGCCUGUGCAGAAAAGCGUUUCCUAAUUUUAUCUCGGAAUGGGCGAGUUUACAUGCAGGCUUACAACAGUGACACACUGGGACCACAACUAGUUCAAGGUCUUGCCUCUAGAAAUAUUGUGAAAAUUGCGGCACAUUCAGAUGGUCACCAUUACCUGGCUUUGGCAGCCACUGGAGAGGUCUUUUCUUGGGGAUGUGGAGAUGGUGGACGGUUAGGCCAUGGUGAUACAGUGCCUCUAGAAGAACCUAAGAUGAUAUCUGCUCUCUCAGGAAAGCAAGCUGGGAAACAUGUAGUUCAUAUUGCAUGUGGAAGUACAUAUAGUGCAGCCAUUACAGCUGAAGGAGAGCUAUAUACUUGGGGUCGAGGAAAUUAUGGCAGGCUGGGACAUGGCUCAAGUGAAGACCAGACAAUUCCAAUGCUUGUAACUGGACUUAAAGGACUGAAGGUUAUUGAUGUCUCUUGUGGGAGUGGGGAUGCUCAAACUCUUGCAGUGACUGAGAAUGGUCAAGUCUGGUCUUGGGGUGAUGGCGAUUAUGGAAAACUAGGAAGAGGUGGUAGUGAUGGUUGUAAAACACCAAAACUGAUUGAAAAACUUCAAGACCUAGAUAUUGUUAAAGUACGUUGUGGGAGUCAGUUCUCUAUUGCUUUAACGAAAGAUGGUCAAGUUUACUCAUGGGGAAAAGGUGACAAUCAGAGACUUGGACAUGGAACAGAGGAACAUGUUCGAUAUCCCAAACUAUUAGAAGGCUUACAAGGUAAAAAAGUAGUUGAUGUGGCUGCUGGUUCUACACACUGCUUAGCGCUUACUGAGGAUAGUGAAGUUCAUAGCUGGGGAAGCAAUGAUCAGUGUCAGCACUUUGACACACUUCGGAUUACCAAACCUGAACCUACUGCAUUGCCAGGAUUAGAUACAAAACAUAUAGUUGGAAUUGCUUGUGGUCCUGCUCAGAGUUUUGCUUGGUCUUCUUGUUCUGAGUGGUCCAUUGGACUACGUGUACCUUUUGUGGUGGAUGUUUGCCCAAUGACAUUUGAACAGUUGGAUCUCUUAUUACGACAAGUAAGUGAAGGAAUGGAUGGAACCUCUGACUGGCCACCACCACAGGAGAAAGAAUGUAUGGCAGUGGCGACAUUGAACCUCCUGAGACUUCAGUUGCAUGCUGCUAUUAGUCACCAGGUUGAUCCAGAAUGUCUUGGAUUGGGUCUGGGAAGUGUGCUAUUGAAUAGCUUGAAACAGACAGUUGUAACACUAGCAAGUAAUGCUGGAGUUCUUAAUACGGUGCAAUCAGCUGCUCAAGCAGUACUACAAAGUGGAUGGUCUGUGCUGCUUCCAACAGCAGAGGAACGAGCAAGGGCUCUUUCAGCUCUUUUACCCAGUGCAGUUUCAGGAAAUGAUAUGAAUGUAAGCCCAGGACGUCGGUUUAUGAUUGAUCUUCUUGUAGGCAGUUUGAUGGCCGAUGGAGGAUUAGAGUCUGCAUUAAAUGCUGCCAUCACUGCAGAAAUUCAGGAUAUUGAAGCAAAAAAAGAAGCUCAGAAGGAAAAAGAGAUUGAUGAACAGGAAGCAAAUGCUUCAACGCUUCAUCGGAGUAGGACGCCAUUAGAUAAAGACCUUAUUAAUACUGGAAUUUAUGAAUCUGCUGGAAAACAGAGUUUACCUCUGGUUCAACUAAUACAACAGCUCCUUAGAAAUAUUGCUUCCCAGACAAUAGCCAAAUUGAAAGAUGUUGCUCGUCGAAUUUCAUCCUGUCUUGACCAUGAGCAAUAUAGUCAAGACAGAUCUGCUUCCCUGGAUUUGUUGCUUCGUUUUCAGCGUUUACUUGUCAGUAAACUCUAUCCAGGAGACAAUGGUGGUCAGGUCUCAAAUUCCUUUAGUCCUGAGCUGUUAGGAGUUGGUUCUUUGCUGAAAAAAUAUACAGCUCUUUUGUGUACGCACAUUGGAGAUAUACUGCCUGUGGCAACUAGCAUUGCGUCUACCAGUUAUCGGCACUUUGCAGAAGUAUCUCGUGUUGUGGAUGGUGAUCUAACAGGUGUUCUCCUUCCAGAGCUCAUAGUAUCUAUUGUCCUCCUCCUCAGUAAAAGUCCUGGAUUAAUGCAGGAAGCUGGGGCUAUUCCUCUCUUGGCUGGCCUACUGGAACAUCUGGAUAGGUUUAACCAUUUAGCACCAGGAAAAGAGAGAGAUGAUAAUGAGGAUUUAGCAUGGCCUGGAAUAAUGGGGUCAUUUUUUACUGGUCAAAGUUGUAGGAAUAAUGAGGAAGUAACACUUAUACGUAAAGCUGAUCUGGAGAACCACAAUAAAGAUGGAGGCUUCUGGACGGUGAUUGAUGGGAAAGUGUAUGAUAUAAAAGACUUUCAGACACAAUCUUUAACAGGCAAUAGUAUUCUUGCUCAGUUUGCAGGUGAUGACCCAGUAGUUGCUUUGGAAGCUGCUUUGCAAUUUGAGGAUACAAGGGAAUCAAUGCAUGCAUUUUGUGUUGGCCAAUAUAUGGAGCCUGACCAGGAAGUGAUUACAACGCCAGACCUUAGCAGUCUCUCUUCACCUCUCAUAGAUCCAGAACGAAAUCUGGGUCUCCUUCUUGGACUUCAUGCUUCCUAUUUAGCAAUGAGCACACCACUGUCUCCUGUGGAGGUUGAAUGUGCCACGUGGCUUAAGUCAUCUAUAUUCUCUGGAGGUUUGCAAACCAGUCAGAUACAUUAUAGUUACAAUGAAGAGAAAGAUGAAGACCAUUGCAGUUCUCCUGGAAAUACCACUCCGAACAAAUCUAAACUCUAUUCCCAUAGAUUGACUUUGAGUGAUCAUUCCCAACCAUUUUUGCAAGCCAUUGCAGACAAUAACAUUCAGGAUCAUACUGUGAAGGAUUUUUUAUGUCAGAUAGAAAGGUACUGCAAGCAGUGCCAUUUGACUACACCAAUAACAUUUCCUCCUGAGCAUCCUGUGGAAGAGGUGGGGCGUCUACUGUUAUGUUGUCUUCUAAAGCAUGAAGAUUUAGGUCAUGUGGCCUUAUCUUUAGUUCACCCAGUUACACUUGGUGUUGACCAAGUUAAACACAGAACGUUGCCUAAAUCUGUAGUGGAUGUUUGUAGAGUUGUCUACCAAGCAAAAUGCUCACUAAUUAAGACGCAUCAGGAGCAGGGGCGUUCUUAUAAGGAAGUGUGUGCUCCUGUCAUUGAACGUUUGCGAUUCCUUUUUAAUGAAUUGCGUCCUGCAGUCUGCAAUGACCUCUCAAUAAUGUCCAAACUCAAACUUUUAAGCUCUUUGCCUCGAUGGAGAAGGAUAGCUCAGAAGAUAAUACGAGAGAGAAGGAAAAAAAGAGUACCCAAAAAGUCAGAACCUACUGAUGUAGAAGAAUCUAAGAUUGGAAAUGAAGAAGGUGAUUUAGAAGAAGCAUGUAUUCUACCACAUAGUCCUGUAUCUGUAGAUAAAAGAUCCGUUCCAGUUAAAUCACCUAAGGAUAAAUGGCAGCCACUUCUGAGUACAGUCACAGGUGUUCACAAAUACAAGUGGCUAAAGCAGAAUGUUCAAGGCCUCUAUCCUCAGUCUGCACUGCUGAGCACCAUUGUUGAAUUUGCACUUAAAGAAGAGCCAGUCGAUGUGGAAAAGAUGAGAAAGUGCUUACUCAAACAGUUGGAGAGAGCAGAAGUUCGUUUGGAAGGCAUAGACACAAUUUUAAAAUUGGCAACCAAAAGUUUCUUGCUUCCAUCUGUGCAAUAUGCUAUGUUCUGUGGAUGGCAAAGACUUAUCCCAGAAGGAACCAAUAUAGGGGAACCACUUACAGAUUGCUUAAAGGAUGUUGAUCUGAUUCCGCCGUUUAAUCGAAUGCUGCUGGAAGUAACUUUUGGAAAGUUGUAUGCUUGGGCCAUUCAGAAUAUUCGAAAUGUUUUGUUGGAUGCAAAUGCCAGAUUUAAAGAGCUAGGUAUCCAGCCUGUUCCUCUGCAAACCAUUACUAAUGAGAAUCCAGCAGGACCAAGCCUUGGAACCAUUCCACAAGCACGUUUUCUCCUGGUUAUGCUCAAUAUGCUCACCCUUCAGUAUGGUGCAAACAACUUGAAUCUUCUUUUGAAUUCUGGCAUGCUAGCAUUGACUCAAACAACAUUGCGAUUAAUAGGUCCUAGUUCUGACAAUAUUGAAGAAGACAUGAAUGCUUCUGCCCGAGGAGCUUCAGCUACUGUUUUGGAAGAAUCAAGAAAAGAAACCACCCCAGUGCAACUUCCUGUUUCAGGGCCAGAACUGGCAGCAAUGAUGAAGAUUGGUACAAGGGUUAUGAGGGGAGUGGACUGGAAAUGGGGAGAUCAGGAUGGCCCACCCCCAGGUUUAGGUCGUGUGAUUGGUGAAUUAGGAGAGGAUGGAUGGAUAAGGGUCCAGUGGGAUACAGGCAGUACCAAUUCGUACCGAAUGGGGAAAGAAGGAAAGUAUGACCUCAAAUUGGCUGAGCCCCCACCUGCAGCUCAGCCCACAACAGAGGACUCAGAUACUGAGGAUGAUUCUGAAGGUGAACAAAUGGAAAGAAACCUCCACCCUACUUCUAUGAUGCUUACAAGUACUGUUAAUCUACUACAGACUCUGUGUCUGUCUGCUGGAAUUCAUGCAGAAAUCAUGCAAAAUGAAGCCACAAGAACUUUGUGUGGUCUGCUUCGAAUGUUAGUGGAAAGUGGAACAAUAGAUAAAACAUCUUCUUUACCAAAUAAAUUGGUUUACAAAGAGCAGCACAGGAGUUGGUGUACACUUGGAUUUAUUCGCAGUAUAGCACUUAUGCCUCAAAUGUGUAGCACCCUUAGUACAUCUCAGUGGAUCACAUUACUGAUGAAAAUCGUGGAAGGACAUGAGUCAUUUACAGCAGCUUCUCUUCAGAGACAGAUCUUAGCAGUGCAUUUAUUGCAAGCAGUACUUCCAUCCUGGGACAAAAUGGAAAGAUCAAGGGAUAUGAAGUUUCUUGUGGAAAAACUUUUUGGCUUCUUGGGCAGCCUUCUUAGUACAUGCUCUUCAGACAUACCACUGCUCAGAGAAUCAACUCUGAGAAGGAGGAAGGCCAGACCCCAGGCAUCUUUGACUGCAACCCAUAGUAGUACUUUGGCAGAGGAGAUAGUGGCCCUGCUAAGGACUCUACAUUCACUGAGCCAGUGGAAUGGACUCAUAAACAAGUACAUCAACUCUCAGCUAAACUCCAUCACCCACAUCUUUGCAGGAAAACAGUCGGAAGGGGCUGUGUUAGAAGAUUACUUUCCUGAUUCUGAGAACCCUGAAGUUGGUGGCCUAAUGGCAGUGCUAGCUGUAAUUGGUGGAAUAGACAGUCGCUUGAGGCUGGGUGGCCAAGUGGUACAUGAUGAAUUUGGAGAAGGCACAGUGACACGCAUCACUCCUAAAGGCAAAAUCACAGUCCAGUUCUGUGAUAUGCGAACAUGUAGAGUUUGUCCAUUGAAUCAGCUAAAACCGCUCCCAGUUGUGGCAUUUAAUGUGAACAAUCUGCCAUUUACGGAAUCCAUGCUCUCUGUCUGGGCUCAGUUGGUCAACUUGGCAGGAAGUAAAUUAGAAAAACACAGAAUCAAGAAGUCUACUAACCAAGGCCUCACAGGACAAGUAGACUUGGACUUGCUAAGAUGCCAACAAUUGAAAUUAUACAUAUUGAAAGCAGGUCGAGCAUUGCUUUCACAUCAGGAUAAACUGAGGCAGAUCUUGUCUCAACCAGCUAUACAAGAGAAUGGAGUCAUCUCUAUAGAUGAUGGAACAGCAGCAUCCCCUGAUAUUGGAGAUAUGUCUCCUGAAGGGCCUCAACCUCCAAUGAUCCUCUUGCAGCAGUUGUUGACAUCUGCCACACAGCCAUCACCUGUAAAGGCAAUAUUUGACAAACAGGAACUUGAGGCUGCUGCUUUGGCUGUGUGCCAGUGUUUGGCUGUGGAGUCGACCCAUCCAUCCACUCCAGUGUUUGAAGAGUGUAGUUCUAGUGAGGCCACAACACCUGUCACAGUACAGCAUAUUCGACCUGUAAAAGUAAAAAAGCGAAAACAGUCUCCUAUUCCUGCUUUGCCUAUUGUAGUACAGCUCAUGGAAAUGGGAUUUCCUAGGAAAAACAUCGAAUUUGCAUUGAAGUCUCUUACUGGAAGUGCUUCUGGGUUACCAGGUGUGGAAGCCUUGGUUGGUUGGUUGCUGGAUCAUCCUGAUGUACAAAUUACUGAUCUCUCAGAUGCUGAUACAGUCUCUGAUGAAUAUUCAGAUGAAGAAAUAGUGGAAGAUGUGGAAGAGACUGAGGCAUCUUACCCUGUGUCUAGUUGUGCUGUUGUAACGGAGAGCCAAACUUAUAAAAAACGAGCUGAUUUCUUAAGUAAUGAUGACUAUGCAGUAUAUGUUAGAGAAAACAUUCAGGUAGGAAUGAUGGUUAGGUGCUGCAGAACAUAUGAAGAAGUUUGUGAAGGAGAUAUAGGUAAAGUGAUUAAAUUGGACAGAGAUGGAUUACACGACCUCAAUGUGCAGUGUGAUUGGCAACAAAAGGGGAGUACCUAUUGGGUUAGGUAUAUCCAUGUUGAACUUAUAGGUUUCCCACCACAGAGUUCUCCUUCCCAUAUCAAGAUUGGUGAUAAAGUUAGAGUGAAAACAUCAGUAACCACACCAAAAUACAAAUGGGGAUCGGUUACUCAUAGAAGUGUGGGAGUUGUAAAAGCUUUUAGUGCCAAUGGAAAGGAUGUCAUUGUGGACUUUCCUCAGCAGUCUCAUUGGACAGGAUUAUUGUCAGAAAUGGAAUUAGUGCCCAGUAUUCAUCCUGGAGUUACGUGUGAUGGCUGCCAGAUGUUUCCAAUUAAUGGACCUCGUUUCAAAUGCAGAAAUUGUGAUGAUUUUGACUUUUGUGAAACCUGUUUUAAAACCAGGAAGCAUAAUACCAGACAUACUUUUGGCAGAAUAAAUGAACCAGGUCAGUCUCCUGUAUUUUGUGGGCGUUCUGGGAAACAGCUGAAACGCUGUCACAGCAGUCAGCCUGGAAUGCUCCUGGAUAAUUGGUCAAGAAUUGUUAAGAAUCUCAAUGUGUCCUCAUCAGUAAAUCAGGCUUCUCGCCUGAUUGAUGGCAGUGAACCAUGCUGGCAGUCUUCUGGGUCACAAGGCAAGCAUUGGAUUCGACUGGAGAUUUUCCCUGAUGUUCUUGUUCAUAGACUGAAAAUGAUAGUAGAUCCUGCUGACAGUAGCUACAUGCCUUCAUUAGUUGUAGUUUCAGGUGGGAAUUCCCUAAAUAACUUAAUUGAGCUAAAGACAAUCAAUAUUAACCCAGCUGACACCACAGUGCCUCUUCUAAGUGACUGCACAGAGUAUCACAGGUAUAUUGAGGUUGCCAUAAAGCAAUGCAGAAGCUCAGGAAUAGAUUGUAAAAUUCAUGGUCUUAUUAUACUGGGACGAAUUCGGGCAGAAGAUGAAGAUUUGGCUGCUGUUCCUUUCUUAGCCUCAGAUAAUGAAGAAGAAGAUGAUGAUAAAGCUAACACUGGGAGUCUUAUUAGGAAGAAAGCUUCUGGAUUGGAAUCAGCAGCUACAAUAAGAACCAAAGUAUUUGUCUGGGGGCUGAACGACAAGGAUCAGUUGGGAGGAUUAAAAGGUUCUAAGAUAAAAGUUCCUUCAUUCUCUGAAACUCUUUCUGCCUUGAAUGUAGUUCAAGUGGCAGGUGGAUCUAAGAGUUUGUUUGCAGUGACUGUGGAGGGUAAGGUGUAUGCUUGUGGAGAAGCUACUAAUGGAAGACUGGGUUUAGGCAUUUCUAGUGGAACUGUGCCCAUUCCCCGGCAGAUUACGGCUCUUAGCAAUUAUGUGGUAAAGAAAGUUGCUGUUCACUCAGGUGGCCGGCAUGCUAUGGCUUUAACUGUUGAUGGAAAGAUAUUUUCAUGGGGUGAAGGUGAUGAUGGAAAACUUGGACACUUCAGCAGAAUGAACUGUGAUAAACCAAGACUGAUAGAGGCAUUGAAGACCAAACGUAUUCGUGAUAUAGCAUGUGGCAGUUCUCACAGUGCUGCCAUCACAUCAAGUGGUGAAUUAUAUACAUGGGGCCUUGGAGAAUAUGGCCGGUUGGGACAUGGGGAUAAUACCACACAGCUGAAACCCAAAAUGGUGAAAGUUCUUCUUGGUCAUCGAGUUAUUCAAGUUGCUUGUGGAAGUAGAGAUGCCCAGACGCUGGCUUUGACAGAUGAAGGGUUGGUCUUUUCCUGGGGAGACGGUGACUUUGGGAAACUGGGCCGGGGAGGAAGUGAAGGAUGUAACAUUCCUCAAAACAUUGAGAGACUUAAUGGACAAGGAGUUUGCCAGAUUGAGUGUGGGGCUCAGUUUUCCUUGGCACUUACAAAGUCAGGAGUAGUAUGGACUUGGGGUAAAGGGGAUUACUUUAGGCUUGGUCAUGGCACCGAUGUUCAUGUCAGAAAACCACAAGUAGUAGAAGGACUACGAGGAAAGAAGAUAGUUCAUGUGGCAGUAGGUGCCCUUCACUGCUUAGCUGUCACUGAUACAGGUCAAGUGUAUGCUUGGGGUGACAAUGAUCAUGGACAGCAAGGCAAUGGGACCACUACUGUCAACAGAAAACCCACUCUUGUGCAAGGCUUAGAAGGCCAAAAAAUCACCCGGGUAGCUUGUGGCUCAUCGCACAGUGUGGCAUGGACAACAGUAGAUGUAGCAACCCCAUCUGUCCAUGAACCUGUCCUCUUCCAAACUGCUAGGGACCCUUUAGGCGCUUCUUACUUAGGUGUUCCUUCCGAUGCAGAUUCUUCUGCUGUCAGUAACAAAAUCAGUGGUGCAAAUAGUUCCAAGUCUAAUCGCCCUUCCCUUGCUAAGAUUCUCUUGUCUUUGGAUGGAAACCUUGCCAAACAGCAAGCAUUAUCUCAUAUUCUUACAGCAUUGCAAAUUAUGUAUGCAAGAGAUGCAGUGGUUGGAGCCUUAAUGCCUGCUAGUAUGAUCGCACCAGUGGAAUGCCCAUCUUCUUCAUCGCCCGCUCCCCCUUCAGAUGUGUCUUCAGUGGGAAGUCCUAUGAAUGGUGAAGAUUGUGUGAUGACUAUGGAUGUAGAGGAAAGGCUGAGCCCAAAUCCAUGGCAGGACAGGAGAGGGGAGGUAGUUUCUUCAGAAGAUGCUGUGACUCCAUCAGCAGUGACUCCCUCUGCUUCCUCUGCCUCCUCUCGACCAUUUAUUCCAGUGACUGAUGAUCCUGGAGCUGCCAGUAUCAUUGCAGAGACCAUGACUAAAACCAAAGAAGAUGUUGAAAGCCAAAAUAAAGUAUCAGGUCCUGAACCACAAUAUUUGGAUGAGUUUACUAGUCUCUUAGUGCCAGAUGAUACCCGUGUCAUGGUUGACUUGCUCAAGCUGUCUGUUUCUAACCGAGCUGGUGAGAAGGGAAAAGAUGUUCUUUCAGCUGUGCUCUCUGGUAUGGGCACUGCUUAUCCCCAGGUAGCUGACAUGUUGUUGGAGCUGUGUGUUACAGAGUUAGAAGAUGUUGCUACCGACUCUCAGAGUGGUCGACUCUCUUCCCAGCCUGUUGUAGUAGAAAGUAGCCAUCCAUAUACUGAUGAUACCUCCACCAGUGGCACUGUUAAAAUACCAGGUGCUGAAGGACUCAGAGUGGAGUUUGACCGACAGUGUUCUACCGAACGGCGUCAUGAUCCUCUGACAAUAAUGGAUGGUGUGAAUAGGAUAGUUUCAGUUCGAUCAGGUCGAGAAUGGUCUGACUGGUCCAGUGAACUUCGAAUUCCUGGAGAUGAAUUAAAAUGGAAGUUCAUCAGUGAUGGAUCAGUGAAUGGAUGGGGUUGGCGAUUCACUGUCUAUCCCAUUAUGCCAGCCGCAGGCCCUAAAGAUCUUCUCUCAGAUCGCUGUAUUCUUUCUUGUCCUUCAAUGGACUUGGUCACAUGCUUGUUAGACUUUCGAUUAAAUUUAGCUUCCAAUAGAAGUAUUGUUCCUCGACUGGCAGCAUCACUUGCAGCAUGUGCUCAAUUGAGUGCUCUAGCUGCUGGUCACAGGAUGUGGGCCCUUCAAAGAUUGAGGAAACUGCUUACAACUGAAUUUGGACAAUCAAUCAAUAUAAAUAGGAUACUUGGAGAUAAUGAUGGAGAAACAAGAACCAUGAGUUUUACAGGUAGUGCUCUAGCAGCUUUGGUAAAAGGUCUUCCAGAAGCUUUGCAAAGGCAAUUUGAAUAUGAAGAUCCAAUUGUUAGAGGAGGCAAACAACUGCUCCACAGCCCUUUCUUUAAGGUGCUGGUAGCUCUUGCUUGUGACCUAGAACUGGAUACUCUUCCUUGCUGUGCUGAGACACACAAAUGGGCUUGGUUUAGAAGAUACUGUAUGGCUUCCAGAGUUGCAGUAGCCUUGGACAAACGAACACCAUUACCUCGCCUUUUCCUUGAUGAGGUGGCAAAGAAAAUCAGGGAGUUAAUGGCUGACAGUGAAAAUCUGGAUGUUCUCCAUGAGAGCCAUGACAUUUUUAAGAGAGAACAAGAUGAGCACCUUGUCCAGUGGAUGAACAGGCGACCUGAUGACUGGACUCUUUCUGCUGGAGGCAGUGGAACCAUUUAUGGUUGGGGUCACAAUCACCGAGGCCAGCUUGGGGGUAUUGAAGGAGCAAAAGUCAAAGUUCCAACACCUUGUGAAGCUCUCGCAGCUUUGCGGCCUGUACAGUUAAUUGGGGGGGAACAGACUCUCUUUGCGGUAACUGCUGAUGGAAAGCUGUAUGCUACUGGGUAUGGAGCAGGUGGCCGACUAGGAAUUGGAGGAACGGAGUCAGUUUCCACUCCAACAUUGCUUGAAUCUAUUCAGCAUGUGUUUAUAAAGAAAGUAGCUGUGAACUCUGGAGGAAAGCAUUGCUUAGCACUCUCAUCAGAAGGAGAAGUUUAUUCCUGGGGUGAGGCUGAAGAUGGAAAGUUGGGGCAUGGAAACAGAAGUCCCUGUGAUCGCCCACGUGUAAUUGAAUCUUUGCGAGGAAUAGAAGUCGUUGAUAUUGCUGCAGGUGGAGCUCACAGUGCAUGUAUUACAGCAGCUGGUGACCUCUAUACAUGGGGUAAAGGAAGAUAUGGUCGCCUAGGUCAUGGUGAUAGUGAAGAUCAGUUAAAACCUAAGCUGGUGGAAGCCCUCCAAGGCUAUCGAGUUAUUGAUAUUGCCUGUGGCAGUGGGGAUGCACAGACGCUUUGCCUCACUGAUGAUGAUACUGUGUGGUCCUGGGGUGAUGGGGACUAUGGAAAACUUGGCAGAGGAGGCAGUGAUGGCUGUAAAGUGCCAAUGAAGAUUGAUUCUCUCACAGGUCUUGGAGUGGUUAAAGUAGAGUGUGGAUCACAGUUUUCUGUUGCACUUACCAAAUCUGGAGCAGUUUAUACUUGGGGUAAAGGUGAUUAUCACAGGCUGGGUCACGGAUCAGAUGACCAUGUUAGACGGCCUCGACAAGUGCAAGGACUACAGGGAAAGAAAGUAAUUGCAAUUGCUACUGGUUCAUUACAUUGUGUGUGCUGCACUGAAGACGGUGAAGUUUAUACUUGGGGUGACAAUGAUGAAGGGCAACUUGGGGAUGGAACAACUAAUGCAAUCCAGAGACCUCGGCUGGUUGCAGCACUUCAGGGUAAAAAGAUAAAUAGGGUGGCUUGUGGUUCAGCACACACCCUAGCGUGGUCCACUAGUAAACCUGCCAAUGCUGGGAAGCUUCCAACACAGGUUCCUAUGGAAUAUAAUCAUUUACAGGAAAUUCCUAUAAUAUCUUUGCGAAACAGACUGUUGUUAUUGCAUCAUAUCUCAGAACUCUUUUGUCCAUGCAUUCCCAUGUUUGACCUCGAGGGGCGUCUUGAUGAAACUGGCCAAGGACCUUCAGUUGGAUUUGACACAUUACGGGGAAUUCUGAUAUCUCAGGGAAAGGAAGCAGCUUUCCGAAAAGUUGUACAAGCAACUAUGGUGAGAGAUCGUCAACAUGGUCCUGUAGUAGAGUUAAACAGAAUACAGGUAAAACGAUCAAGGAGUAAGGGUGGUUUGGCUGGCCCUGAUGGUACCAAGUCUGUUUUUGGUCAAAUGUGUGCUAAAAUGAGUUCAUUUAGUCCAGACAGCCUCCUCCUACCUCAUAGAGUGUGGAAAGUCAAGUUUGUUGGUGAGUCUGUGGAUGAUUGUGGAGGUGGCUACAGUGAGUCCAUAGCAGAAAUGUGUGAAGAACUCCAAAAUGGACUUACUCCUCUCCUAAUUGUAACUCCAAAUGGCAGAGAUGAAUCUGGGGCCAAUAGAGAUUGCUUCUUAUUGAACCCAGCUGCUAAAUCUUCCUUGCAUACAAAUAUGUUUCGUUUCCUGGGUGUGUUACUAGGCAUUGCCAUUCGAACUGGCAGUCCAUUAAGCCUCAACCUUGCUGAGCCCGUCUGGAAGCAGCUGGCGGGGAUGAACCUUACAAUUGCUGAUCUCAGUGAGGUUGAUAAAGACUUUAUUCCUGGGUUGAUGUACAUCCGGGACAAUGAAGCUACUUCUGAGGAGUUUGAGGCAAUGAGCCUUCCCUUCACAGUGCCGAGUGCAAGUGGUCAGGAUAUUCAGUUGAGCUCUAAAUAUACCCACAUUACAUUGGACAACCGUGCUGAAUAUGUUAGAUUGGCAAUAAAUUACAGGCUCCAUGAAUUUGAUGAACAAGUUGCUGCAGUACGGGAAGGAAUGGCUCGAGUUGUCCCUGUUCCUCUUCUUUCACUCUUUACUGGAUAUGAACUGGAAACUAUGGUAUGUGGAAGCCCUGAUAUUCCACUUCAUCUUUUAAAAUCUGUAGCCACAUAUAAAGGAAUUGAACCUACUGCCUCUCUGAUCCAGUGGUUCUGGGAAGUGAUGGAAUCCUUCUCUAAUACGGAGCGCUCUCUCUUCCUCCGUUUUGUGUGGGGCAGAACACGACUUCCUAGAACAAUUGCUGAUUUCAGAGGCAGAGACUUUGUUAUUCAGGUUUUGGAUAAGUACAAUCCGCCUGACCACUUCCUUCCAGAAUCAUACACUUGCUUCUUUUUGCUGAAGUUACCCAGGUAUUCCUGUAAACAAGUACUAGAGGAAAAACUGAAAUAUGCCAUUCAUUUUUGCAAAUCUAUAGACACUGAUGAUUAUGCCCGGAUAGCACUCACAGGAGAACCAGCUGCUGAUGACAGCAGUGAUGAUUCAGAUAAUGAAGAUGCAGAUUCAUUUGCGUCGGACUCUACCCAAGAUUAUUUAACAGGACACUGAAAUGAAAAAUAUUUUGUCAUAAGACAUCAGGUUAUGGUCAAGCACUGAGACGGAAGGUUAGCAUUGGCAUUCUGCUACAGGACCAUGUGAAGUGCUGAAUACCAGUUGUGUAUAACAAAAGGAAUAUUAAUCUUCUCAACAUGGUACAGGGAAAGUGUGUUGUUUGUUCACAAUAGGAAUAAUGGUUUAUGACCUAUAAAUCAGCUUUGAGUAAAUGGCAUUGUAUAUGGACACUUAACAUUCAGUUUGAAAGGUGAAGUUCACCCCUCCUACGCUCAUUAUGCUGCAUUACAUUUAGAACUUUUGUGUUUACUAAAGUGUUGUAAAUGUUUAUAUAUAUAUAUAGUAGUGCAGCAUCCAGAAAAUAAGGAAGUGAAACAUUUUUGAUUGUGGGUGCAAUAGAUUUUUUUUGUUAUUAAGUGUUGUACUGUGCAUCUUCUUGAUUGUAUAUUGGAAAUAUUGUGCAACUAUUGAAUAGUAUUAUAAAUAUUUUGAUUAACUUUACUAGAAGUUUGUUUAUUAAAAACUUUUUGAACAUUAAAUUAUCAGUAUUCCUUGAAAUACAUCCUGAGGUUAUUAAAUAAUAAAAAAGACCAUUUGGUUCUCACUCUUCUCCCUAUGUGUAUAUUUUAGCUUAUGUAUUAUGUAUCUUAAAUUGAUACCUUUCUGUGAACAGCAUCAUAACUUUUAUCAUGGAAAGUAUACUGUAUAUAAUUAAUUUGUGCCAUGUAUAUGCAAAAAUUAUUAUUCCCUUCAAAUAAACCAUCCAUCACAAGAA